AUGGCUAACGGGCAGAAGCCUGCGCGGGACGAACUCAAGAACCUCCAAGAAGAUCUCGGCCCCUACUACCAGAUUCCCCUGAAGCCUAGGCGAAGCGGUACUCACUCAAGGGAGAAUAGCUUUCAAGAGUCUCUGCGCCAGUCCUCCAACACGCCGGAGCCGAAACGAUCAGGCUCGAAGCGACAGGAUCCUUCGAGCAGAGAUUCGACCCCAAACCGUCCGACAAAGUCGAGGACCAAGAACCAUAGUCGGGAUAUCACCUCAGACGUGGGCACGCCGAAGAGGUCGCCGAGAAGUGAACAUAAUACCCCGCGGCCGGAGUCGGUGAAGCCGGAGCGCCACAACCGCGAGAUGUCGCAACGAAACAGAAGCGGACGGGCGUCCAACCGUAACAACGGUAAUUCACAUGGAGAGGAAGUACAGAUAUGGGAGCUGUGCAAGAGUCAAGUGGGGGAGAUUGUCUCCGGAAUCAAUGCCGAGAAUGACAGUCUUACGGAGCUUGUCACGAUGGAUAAACAAGUCGGUACGAUGGACUUGGAGAAGAUUCCGAGUGACUCGCUGAAAGAGAUGGAACAGCUAUGUCGGACAGGGGUUAAGCACUCGGAGGCUAACAUGUCAGCACUCAAAAAUACUAUCGAGCAGCUCAAAGUGUUGCGCGCCGUGGUGCACGCUAAGGAACAGCAGGAUGCUCAAGCAGCGGGGCCUGGUAAGAGGAAUGCUCGAGAUAGCGCGGCGGCAGCAUCUUCGCUCUACGACUUUGACGGGGCUGGUGAUUCACCCGUGCCGAGUCCAAUUGGAGGAUCGGCAAGAAAAUAUGGUGACCGAGCCAGAGAACGGGAACGAGAACGCGAGAGGGAAAGAGAACGAGACCGUGAUAGCAUGCCUCCAAAGGCCGAUAGUGUCGAGCCUCAGGGGUCAGUUGGGAGCGGUGUCGGAUCCGGGAACAACAAGUCCAAAGUUGUCUUCUCAAAAGGCGACGCUGUUGCAUUCAAGCCCAAAGCGUUGAAUGGGGAUACAACAUCAGACUGGAUACUUGGUGAGGUCGCGCAGGUGAUGGGUGAGGGCAAAAGCCGACGAUACAAGGUCCUAGAUAUAGAACCCGAGGAUCAGAGCAAACAGAAGGAGUACCGAUCAAGUGCCAGCAGUAUGAUUCCCAUCACGCCCGAGAGCCAAGCUUCGACGUUGAAAGAUUGGGAAUCAGGCAAGGUGGUGCUGGCGCUGUAUCCAAACACAACCACAUUCUACAAGGCGGAGGUUCAUAGCAUGGACAGCGACGGCAAGGUCAAUCUCAAGUUUGAGGGGGAGAACGACUCUUCAACACUGCAGCAGGUGGAGAGGAGAUUUGUGAUUGAAUACAGAGCAUAG